UUUGACGCUCGCUCGCACACGCACACACGCACAUUCACUGCUUGUAAACAGAAGCUCACACGUGACACCGCGCGGUCGCAUUGUCUGCACACGGACAAAGAAGAGUCCCAGACUGCGUUAUUCUCGUUACCGACGGGUGUCGGGCAGGUGAGCGGGCAGGUGUCAUGACAACCAAUGUUACGUGUCCCGAAAUGAAGCCGACUCGUCCGCUGCGUUUACACCGCGGUGUCCGGUGAACUUCUCCGCGCCUGGUUGCCAGAACCGAGCCUCCGGAGGGGGAAACGACGUGAGCUGCGCACUCGGCCGCUCGCGCACAGCUGACAGUGGGUAAACAAAGCUGGGAACCCUUUGUUUCACCGCUGAAUAUACACUGGUUCGUUCGCAUCUGCCCUCAUGGAUUUUACUUUUCUGGUCAACGCUCAUCGCCAUAGCUCACUAGCUGAAGCCUUUUAGCCACGACAUCUUUUUAUAUAGCUUACGUUAAUCUGCUUGUCUCCGCCACUGGCUGAGUGAGAUGUCAUUCACCAUGGAGGACAACUUGGAGUCCGGGUGGGUGUCGGUUCGACCCAGGGUCUUCGACGAAAAGGAGAGGCACAAAUUCGCUUUCAUCGUGGCCUGGAAUGACAUCGAGGGAAAGUUCGCCAUAACCUGCCACAACAGAACCGUGCAAAGACGGGCCACUUUUCUGGACCCGCUCCUCGACUGUAGUCGCCCCCUUGCCGCCGCUGCUGCUCCUGCCCCCGGUGCCUCUGUGGCAGAAUAUCACAAUAAAAGUCCAGUUACGAAGAGGAGAGAUGGAGUCUGCCAAGCGACGAAAGUUAGACCUCAUUCUGUCCCUAAAGGGGCAACGAAGACCAGCGCCGCCGAAAAGAAGGCUUCGAAAGUCGGGGGCUCACAGACAUUAGAGUGCGUCAGCCACACGUUAGGGUCCUGGGACAUUGUGACACCCAAGGUCAUAGAUAUCGAAAUACUGGACCCCGUGGAUGUCCCGUUGUCUCCGGAUGAUGUAGACACAGGGGACAGCGAGGGCAGCGGUCGAGAGGACUACAGCUGGGCCGGACUGUUCUCCUUCCAGGAGCUGAGGGCAGCCCACCUCCAGCUGUGCUCCGUCAACUCGGACCUGGAGCCGUGUUUACCGUCUUUCCCGGAGGAGCAGUCCGGAGUGUGGACGGUGCUCUUCGGCGGCGGUGCAUGCGCCGGGAUGUCGCAACGGGAGACAGAGGCCCUAUGCUAUCAGCUGCAGGUGUACCUGGGUCAUGCCCUGGACACCUGCGGCUGGAAGAUCCUCUCACAGGUGCUCUUCUCCGAGAGCGACGACGCGGAGGAGGAGUACUACGAGAGCCUGAGUGAGCUGAGGCAGAAAGGCUACGAGGACGCGCUGGACCGAGCCAAGAGGCGGAUGCAAGAGGUGUUGGACAAGCACAAGGCCAUGGACAGCAUGGUGGAGCUGCUGCAGGUGUACCCUGAGGAGGACGAGGCGUAUGGAGAGCUGCUGGAGGCGACGACUCAGCUCUACCACUACCUGCUGCAGCCAUUCAGGGACAUGAGGGAACUGGCAAUGCUGCGCAGACAGCAGAUUAAGAUCUCUCUGGAGACGGAGCGGCUGGGUCCCCGUCGCGUGGAGAGCCUGAAGAAGGAGGACGAGGAGUGGCAGAAGAAGGCUCACGCCGCCGUACUGUCCAUACAGGACCUGACUGUCAAGUUCUUUGAAACCACGACUCGGGCCCAGAAAGCGAUCCACGAGCGCAUGCGUGCUGACCAGAGGAAGUUUGGCAAGUCAGCAUGGGCAUCGGCGGUGGAGCGCAUGGAGCAACUGCAGUACGCCGUUUCCAGAGAAACUCUGCAGCUGAUGAGGGCCAAAGAAAUCUGCCUGGAACAGAGGAAACACGGCCUGAAGGAGGAGAUGCAGAGUCUCCAAGGUGGGGAGGAUGCCAUGCUCCGUCUGGACCAGCUGGAGGCGCUGUACUACGAGCUGCAGCUGCAGCUGUACGACAUCCAGGCCGAGGUGCUGCGCUGCGAGGAGCUGUUGCUCACUGCUCAGCUGCAGAGUCUGCGCCGGCAGAUGACAGUCUGUUCUCAUGUUGCACCAGAGCGACAGGACGAAGUUGUUUACUAUGACGCCUUUGAGAGCCCCGAUGCCAUGAAGGGAGUGGACGACCCCGCAGCGCCACCUUCUCCCCUCAGAGACGAGGACCUCGGAGUCCUGCGGCAGAAGACGCGGCAGCUCGAGGCUCGCCGGGGUCGCAUCACCGCCAAGAAAGUCUACCUCAAAAACAAGAAGGAAAUCUGUAUUGUCAAUCACAAUCAGAAGCUCCAGCAGCGUCACGGUAGCUUUGCUGACAGCAGUUUGCCUCAGGAACUGCAACAGGAGACUGAAGAGGACGAUGAAGCCAAACAAAACGCCAGAGUGAGCCAGGACAGGCAGAGGACGCUGGACAGACUCCGCAGCCUCAAACAGCGUUACCCAGGUCAGGUGACUCUCAAAUCCAGCCGCCUGCGUCUGAGUCAGACUCACAGUCGGAGGAGAGCGGGAGAGCAGCCCAACACCCAGGCGGCCGGCGUUCAGACCGACCGCAUCUCCGACCUCCCGCGGCUCUCCGCCGCUCCCCCCCCUCCCCCUGACAUCUGCGGCUACGACAGCAUGUCCCUACCAACCGUCGACCUUGACGGUCUCUCCUCUCUGCCUCCCUUCCUCUCGCUGCCUCCCGUCUCAGGUUCACCAUCUGCUCUUUUGCCCCCUCCGCCUCCUCCGCCUCCCCCUCCUCCUCCUCCCCCACCACCUCCUUCCUUGGAGGACCAGUACCAGGGUCACGAGGACAGGGCUGGCAGCCCGGCGCGCCAGCAUAACUGCGAGUCCGACUCCACCUCACUGCCCCUGGCCCCGUUUUCCCCUCGAUUCUUUGACAGCAGCCAGCUGCUGACGGCCAGGAAGAAGCUGAAGAAGACGGCCUCGCUGGACGCCUCGCAGUGGAGGAGAGCGAGCUCCCCCAUGGACGAAGUGCUGGCUUCCCUUAAGCGGGGCAGCUUCCACCUGAGGAAGGCGGAGCUGCGCGUCCUGGCGCCCGACCCGGACGACGACAGCAACAACAUCCUGGCUCAGAUCAGACAGGGCGUCAGGCUGAAGAAGGUGCGCACCUGUCCGGAGCAGCAGCAGCAGCAGAAACGUCACAGCAGGACGUUCCCCCACUCGGCCGACGCUCUGACCCGCAGCAUCCACGAGGCUCUGAGGCGGAUCAAAGAGGCGUCACCGGAGUCUGAGUCCGAGGACGAAGGCCUUCCAUGCACUGACUGGGAAAACUAGUUCAUUGGAAGUCAUUUUUUUAGCCAUUAUUAUUAUUAUUAUUAUUAUUGUUGUUAUUAUUAUUAUUAUUAUUACAAACGUGGAGCCAAAAUGAAGAGACACUGAGCGACGGCUCAAUUCAAGCAGACGUGUCAGGGUUUGAACGCCUGAAGAGUUUGGUGCAAUCUGAACAAAAAACACCUUGAUUUAUCCUUUUUUUAUAUCAGAGAACGACUGAGUUUGUUUCCUGCUUGUUCAUGUGUGUUUU